GUUUCUCAUGGGCCUGGAGUUCAGCCCAAUCAGACUGUCAAAGGGAGGCCCAAAGCUUGGUGGCUUGACUGGGCGACCUAACACGCACGCAGGACUGGCUCCCCUGACUGGCGCCGUUCUUGAGAAUUUUCUACAUGGGGAAGAAGCCGGGCAGCGCUGGCCCUUCCUCGGCAUCCAGGCCCAUGAACCAGGCCCUGUCGCUCCGCGAGGAGACCUCCGGAAAGACGCCGGCCGGCACGCCCUCCCUGCUGAGGGUCCAGCACCUGCAGCGGCUGGGGGCGUGGGCAAGCGGUGAGGCGGGAGUUGGCUCGAUCGGAGCGCUGCUGGGCCGCCGCUUCGCCACGGACGCCGAGGCGGCCGGGAUCCCCGUAGGUGCUUCCACCUUCCUUUGCCAGAGGUGUGAAUCAAUCUUACAGCCAGGCUUCAACUGCACAAUCCGCAUAAAGAACAACAAAAAGAAAGCAAAACGGCGCAAGAAGUCAAAUCCUGGCCAAAACAGUGUUGUCUAUGCAUGCCAUUUCUGUGGAGACCAAAACCUGAUACGGGGUAGUGGAAAGGGUAUCGUGAAGGUACUGUUAUCAUCAAGAAAGCCUGUUAGCACAAUGUUGAAAGCAGAACAUAUGAACGCGCCAAUAGUAACUACUAAAAAGGGGAUCGAGCAUUCUGUGACAGCAGCCUCGCAACUGGAAUCAUCCAGGUUGAGAAUAUCCACUCUUGAAAAGGAUAAUAAACAAGGUAAUGGGCCUAAAUCUAAUCUUCCUGAAGAUUAUAAAAUGGAGAAAGGGGCAGUUUUCUCAAUGGUGGAUCGUGGUCAGUUAGCGGCUGCACACAAAGGCAUCCUGCAGAAAAUCGAAGUAGAAAGCGCACGUGAUAAAUGUGUGAAUGGAAUUGAGCCCGCGGCUUCUAAAAAUACUAGUACAUGCGAACAUGAUGUCACUUCUCAAGCAGAAUUUCUAGCUGGGUCAAACUUUGUUACUCCUCAGAAGAACAAACUGGCGGAAGUGGCUGUGCCUAUAGCUUCAGCAGAAGCAUUGAAGACUAGAAGUACACCGAACAGCAAAGCGCAGAAUUAUGGUUCAGUUGCUGGCAAGGCCCCUGGAAGUUAUAGCAAGUCAGCUUCGAAUACCAAAUCUGCGCCAGGUGAUUCUACUCAGCCGGCUGGCAGUUCAAGGAAGCGGGCAAGAAAAGGGUGGACUACGCUGAAGCAGAUCGCUGAGAAGGACGAGCUUGAGAGAAAAGAGAAGAUGGAUAACUUUGUAAUCCCGUUCUUCAUGCAUUAGAAUAUCUUUUUAGUUAUGUACUUUUGCACCAAUCAUGUUGUGGAAAUAUAAAGUUGCGAAGGAGUUCAAAAUUAAA